AUGUCUUCUUCGUGGUUUGCGCCGAUUCCCAUCGACGAAUUUCAGGCGCUCAAUGAAAGAGAAAGCCAUGCCGAGGUACCUGAAAUGUGCCCCGGCCCUCAAUCGUUUGGCCAGCUGCAAGUACAUUGUGGUCCUAUACUUCGCCUUUGUGGUGUUCUUGAACAAGGUUCCAACUUGUACCGCGCCAGCAUAAUGCUUCUUGUGGAAGGAGAUAUCCCCCAUGUGUCAUUCAACGUUGGACCUGCUGAAAACAGAGGCUCAGAUCCUAGAAUUGCCUCUGGCGAGUUUCCUAGUACCGUCUAUCACGAGAUUGCACAAUUGAAAUUUGUGAGGUAUGAUGUUCACCUUGAGUUGACCGAGGAAGCUCAACGUGUACGUUAUGAAGUCAAUGGCGAGGCCAGGCCGUAUUUCCAGUUUUUCCUUCCUGCGGCCACCGAUUCGAUGAACGUGGUUUCGUAUUCCUGCAAUGGUUUCUCGUUAGGCACCGACACGUCAGAGUACAAGCUGUCCCUUUGGCUCGAUGUCUUGCGCAAACAUGCCCAGCAGAAGUACCACGUUAUGUUAGGUGGCGGCGACCAGAUAUACUGUGAUCUGAUUAAGAUGCACGUGAAGCUGCUUCAGCCAUGGCUCGAGAUGAAGAGCUCCCAUGAAAAACGCAAUGUGAGCGUUACUCCAGAGAUGGAGGCGGAAUUUGAAAAGUACUAUCUUACCGCAUAUACUCAAUGGUUUGGUCAUGGCUUCUGGCGCGGUAAAAAUGGCGGAACUUUGCAGACUAUGUUCCCAUAUGCUUUAGCUCAAAUCCCCAGUGUUAAUAUCUUUGAUGACCAUGACAUCAUCGACGGUUUUGGAUCAUACAAGGACAAAACAAUGGGCCAAGAUGUGUUCGUGGCCAUUGGAAACAUUGCCUACAAGUACUACAUGCUCUUCCAGCACCAGAUGUCCCCCGACGAACCUCUGCACACGGAGGAUCCACUGUGGAUUCUUCUGAAGCGCGAAGGCUCCUUCAUUAAACAGAAGUCCCACUCUGUGUAUAUGCGUUUGGGGCGUGAAAUCAGUUUACUUGGCAUGGACUGUCGCACUGAGCGUAGUCUUGGUCAGGUUGUACCAGAAUCUACAUACAAUGUUGUUUUCAAUCGUUUAGAAAAGGAAAUUGCGGAAGCUCCAGAAACGAAACAUCUUUUGGUGAUGUUGGGCGUGCCAAUUUUGUACCCACGGCUUGUGUGGCUUGAAAAGGUUUUGAAUCUGCCUGCGCUCAAGCCAUUGCGGCUGUUGGCAAUCAAGGGAAUCAUCAGCAAAGGACUAGUCAAUGAGUUUGACGGUGGAGUCGAAGUCUUGGAUGAUUUGAAUGAUCACUGGUGCUCUAAGAACCAUAAGAGAGAACGUAACUUAUUGGUGCGCAAAUUGACUCAGUUUGGUGCCAAGAACGGAGUUCGGGUCACUAUUUUGUCUGGCGAUGUGCAUUUGUGUUGUUUUGGACGGUUGAAGACAAAAAUUCACCAUCAUCCUCAUGCACAUUUGGUUGCUAGUGCAGAUGUCGAGAAACAUAAUCGCGAUGUUACAGAGAACCCUGAACACGAUCCAAGAUUGAUCUUUAAUGUGACAUCAUCAGCAAUCAUCAAUGCUCCACCUCCAGAUGCCAUGGCUACAUUGCUCAACAAGAGAUCUAAGAUUCACCACUACGAUCGCUACACGGACGAAGAUGUUGUUCCUAUUUUUUCUGUCAAUCCUGACGGUACUCCACGUGACAACGUCCAGUUUUUGAAUAAGCGGAAUUGGAGUGACCUUGUUUUGGUGAAACAAUCGCCUCUUUACCAUGACAAGGUUGGCACUGCGAAAUUUCCUGGCCCAGUUGUCGAGAGCGCCGAGAAGCAGCUUCAAAACCACGCUGUCGAUGAGAGAUAUGUGAAGUACCCCGUUCUCGAGAACUCGCUUGUGGCCACUAUCCAUGUUGAAGCCGACGGAAACGAUGUUACAGCUAAAACCACAGGCUAUGAGGUCAUGAUUCCUGACUUGCAUGGAAAAUACGAGUUGGAGAAAACAGUGGUGAAACAUUUGUAG